GGAAAUACCUCCCCUCGCUGGAGAGGGAAGGGUUAAGCCUAUUACAGAAGACCAAUCAGGACUGGGGGAGCACUGCAAACCUCCGCAGUAAGAGAGAGAGAGGAAACGAGGGAGUGAGGGAGAAGAGGAGCGCAGAGCGGGAGAUAGAGAGAUACCAGGAGUGUGAUGGUUUGCACUCCCAUCCAGACAGGCAGGAAAGGAGCGCAACAGAGAGUUGGUAACAUGAGGAGUAUUCACACAACAGUCUGUAUGGAGGGAUGAGAGAAAAAGGGGAAAAGGGGGAGAAAAACAAGAAUCCCACCAGCAUCCCUGUCAGGACUAAUCUUUCUGGACUUCUUCUCCUUGGUACUCAGGAAGGAAAGAACAUCUGUCAGUUGUGUGACCCUUGUAUGUUCAUCAAUAUUCAGCCCUAAUUCCUGGAUUACUGCUGGAAGAAGGAGAAGAUAAAGCAGCAGUUUGCAUCAGUCGACCAAGAUUGUUGCAGAGGUGGAAGGAGAAGGGACAGUGUGAUGAAGCGAUCCGCUCUGGAGCAUCUGUGUUUACUCUGCAUGGCCACUGAACGAAAAAUAUGGAAGUGAAGAACAUGCAGACAAUGGCGCAUGCACUUCCUACUCCCUAAAGUUGAAUUACUGUAUGGGAUAUGUUUGCAAAUCUAAAAGGAGGUUUCUGUGAUAAAUUAACUUCCACGACCUCGUGAGAAUGACCUCCUCCUGAACUGCUCAAUCAACGCCCCCCUCUCGCCCCCCCACCCAACCGCUAAUAAAUACUGGUGAUCGCAAAUGUCACAGUGAUCACAUGUGUCAUGGUGAUUGGACACACGUGCUCUACUAAUCUGCUCCACUCACGCCAUCACCAGUUAUUUAGGGUUCAGCAUGUCGAAGGACGAACUGGAGACCUGUGCUCGAUUUACAAGUCAAUGGCGGCUGGAGCCAGGCGUACAGAGACUGAUGGGAAAGGUGGAGAGUGAAGGCCUGUUCCAUUAGUGUUCCCAGGGGAGUCAUGGGCCUGGACGCAGCCCGGACACACUGACCUCUUCCGAACACGCUCUGGACAAUGGUGUGCACAGAGAAACCUACAUGGCUGGCUGACAACUCUGCCUCUUGGAGUAUGAGCCAAUGGAUAUAACUAAUUUUUUAAUUUCACCGAUCUGACUACCGUCUUUGCGCUGUGGACAAAAAGGGUUUGGAUCGUACUAUGAGCAGUACAUUCCAGCACUGCACAGGGGAAAGAGUCUGCGUUUCUUUGUUUUCUUGGUUGGCUGUGUCGCUCCUCCCUGGGAAUACCAUGAGAUUAUAAACAGGAGGUGGCUCUAACAUCUUGUCCCUGAUCCACUCAUCUAGCAGUGCUCCCACUAUCACCAAAGCCAACAAAAGAUCUGAAUAAAAAAAUCUGUAGAGGACAUAAGUCUGUAUUCUCUACGAGCCACUGGGCACAGGUGGCUCAUUCCGCUGCAUUCUUACCAUUGAGGUCAGGAAGAAAAAGCUGGCAGCUCAUCCACGGUCUUUGGCAAACCAGACAGGUGUUUUUCCGGCUGUCAGCCUCUCUGGGAAGGACUCGCAGUGAAAGGAAAAGCCUCGCUGGGGGGCUCUGCUGGAGCGGAGACACUUUUCCACCAGCUAUGUUUGGAUGUGAUGCUCGUCUCUGUGGAUCUAACAUGGACUCUAUGGCCUGAUUACACAGCCCUGGUGUUCAGAUAGUGCUGGAGGGAAGGGAUAAUGCAUAUCCUUCCCUGCCCAGAAAAAGAAGCCACCAUGAGCAACGUCACGGUCACCGACAACACUGAACCCAUCAGCCGCACCAUGAGUCCGGCAACCCCCAGCCCAUAUCCCUAUCCUGUUAGUUUUCAGGUCUCUCUGACAGGCUUCCUCAUGCUAGAAAUCCUGCUUGGCCUGAGCUCCAACCUAACAGUGCUUGCCCUCUACUGUAUGAAGUCAAACCUCAUUAGUUCUGUCAGUAACAUCGUCACUAUGAAUCUCCACGUGCUGGACGUACUAGUUUGUGUGUGCUGCAUUCCCCUCACCAUUGUGGUCGUGUUACUCUCCCUGGAAGGAGACACUGCUCUCGUCUGCUGCUUCCACGAAGCCUGCGUCUCUUUUGCUAGUGUCGCCACUGCUGCUAAUGUGCUUGCCAUCACCCUAGAUCGCUAUGACAUCUCUGUCAAACCAGCCAACCGAGUACUGACCAUGGGACGUGCCCUGGCCCUGCUGGCUACCAUUUGGGUGUUAUCCUUUGUUAGCUUCCUUGUACCCUUUAUUGAAGUGGGCUUCUUUGCCCAAGGCCAUGCAGACCUGAACCAGACAGUGGUGGAGAAUGUGGUCCACACUAACCAGUAUUACACUGAGCUAGGCCUAUACUACCACCUGCUUGCUCAGAUUCCUAUUUUCUUCUUUACUGCCGUCGUCAUGCUCAUCACCUAUUCCAAGAUCCUGCAGGCUCUCAACAUUCGCAUUGGCACACGCUUCCACGCUUCACAGAAGAAGAAGGCUCGCAGGAAAAAGCGUCCAUCCAUGACGGCCAUGACAACACAGCAAGAGGCCACUGAUGGAUCCCAGAGCAGCGGCAGCCGCAAUCCCACACUGGGUAUGCGCACCUCUGUCUCUGUCAUCAUUGCCUUGCGCAGGGCUGUAAAGCGCCACAGGGAACGCCGAGAGCGCCAGAAGAGGGUUUUCAGGAUGUCCCUCCUGAUUGUGUCUACUUUCUUGCUGUGCUGGACACCCAUCACAGUGCUCAACACGGUCAUCCUGAGCGUGGGCCCCAGUGACCUCAUGGUCAAGUUGAGACUAGGCUUCCUGGUCAUGGCUUAUGGGACCACUAUCUUUCACCCUCUACUGUAUGCCUUCACCAGGCAGAAGUUCCAGAAAGUCUUGAAAAGCAAAAUGAAGAAGCGAGUGGUGUCAAUCAUUGAGGCAGAUCCUACCCCAAAUAAUGCUAUUAUUCACAACUCCUGGAUCGACCCAAAGAGGAACAAAAAGGUGACAUUUGAGGACAAAGAUGCCCGACUGAAAUGUUUGUCAUCUGAGGAUGUGGAGUGAAGGAACUCAUUUCCUUUAGGGAAUACAGUCAAUACAGUCAAAGCAGCUAAAACUGACAUCAGGUCAUGACAAAAAAAGGGAAAAUGUUAAUCCAAAGCAGUAAUGUAAAUAAUAUGUGCAAUAGAACGUACAAAAACUAGAGGUGUAUAAUUUAUUACUAUUUAAUGAGAACAAAAGUAGGUUUCAUAGAUAUAUCAUAUACUGUACUGUAGAUAUUGCAUGGCUUUUUGUAACUGUAGCAACAUACAGUACAUUGUGUACAUACAAAUACAUGUACAGGGUAGGGUAAACACAGUAUAUAAAUAGACAGAGAAGUAGGAAUUGUUAUGUAAAUGUAUAUUUAUAAUAAAUUUUGUGUUUACACCUAA